CGUUUCUCUACGGUAUGGUGAAGAUGAUAGUGCUGUAGAGAUGCGCGCGCGUCGCCCCGCACUGCUGUACCAAUCGCCGCCCUGUGCGUACGUCACCCCACGCCGAUUUAGAAAUUAGUCAAAUAAUGGUUGUGUGUAACGUUCUCCGUGUAACCUCAAGGCUAGCUACGCGAUGCUGCGGCCGAGCACUCUAUAGCACAGAAAAUAAAGCACGAUUUUACACAAAGAAGCACGAGUGGGUGUCAGUGAGCGAUAACAUUGGGACAGUCGGCAUCUCUAACUAUGCACAGGAUGCAUUGGGCGAGGUGGUUUACGUGCAGUUACCAGACGUGGGCAAAGACAUCGAAGCUGGGGACGAGUGCGGUGCUCUGGAGAGUGUCAAGGCGGCCAGUGAAGUCUACAGUCCUGUAUCAGGCACGGUGACAGAAAAGAACACAGAGGUUGAAUCAAAGCCAGCGCUGAUCAACAAAUCAUGCUACUCCGAGGGCUGGCUGUUCCGCGUGAAGCUUGCAAAGCCCGAGGAGCUGCAGCAACUGAUGGACCAGGCCACCUACGACAAGUACCUGGAAGACCAUUGACCCACUUAGCUAUAGGACCGUAUUUAUAUUGUUGUUGUGUUCUCUUGCUUCCCAAACCUAUAAGAACAAUCUCCACAUCCAAUCCGCUACUCUAUAUGUAAGAUAACCUGAGGUAUCAGAACUCGUGUCACGUAUAAAAUAACUCUUUACUGCAACUCUGUGAUUUAUUAAUGUUCAAUGCUGUGGAAAUCCUGUUGAAGCUCUCUAAGCUAUGUUCUAUGUGUGAUGUGCAUGAAGGUGAAGUUGAUUUGUAAUAUUUGUGAUAAUUAAAUUUUUACUUUUGCUUGUU